GUACGGUCAUUUGUUAUGGCCAGACGGGAGCGGGAAAGACAUACACAAUAAGCGGAGUGGCGCAAGCUUAUCCGGAUCGUGGCAUCAUUCCACGGGCCCUAGCCCAACUGUUUGAGGAAAUCAAUCAAUUAAAGAGGCAUGAGGCUACAGUAAGAAUAUCGUAUGUAGAAAUUUACAACGAGAAGAUGGCAGACUUACUCCAAUCUGCGGUAUCCAGUACAGCGGCCGAGUCCCUAGUCAUAUCUGAUAUAGGUGACGAAGUUUCGGUGAAAGGACUCUUUUGCCCGCAAGUGAACAGUCUUGAUGACGCGCUUGCGCUCUUGUUUGAAAGUAAAAGAAUACAAAAGAUUCUGAAUAUUACUACUAUUCCAGGAACAAGAACAGUUGGAACACACGUGUUGAACCGGGUUUCAUCUCGGGCUCAUACAAUUUUCACCGUCUAUCUUACGGUGCGAUCCAUCGCCGACGGUAGUCAGACGUGUCUCCGAACAAGCCGAAUCAACUUUGUCGACUUGGCUGGAUCGGAACGUGUUCAGAAGACAAAGUCUGAUGGCCGAUUGCUCAAGGAAGCCACCUUCAUCAACCGUUCCCUUUCGUUUUUGGAGCAAAUGGUGCUGGCUCUGUCUGAUACGGGUCGUUCACAUGUGCCUUACAGACAGUCGAAGUUGACCCACUUCCUGAAGAAUUCCGUUGGAGGCAAAUGUAGAACUGUUUUCAUCGCAAAUGUGUGGAAUGAGGACCGGUUUUUGGAAGAAACGAUUUCAACCCUUCGAUUCGCCAGUCGUGUGAUGCGCAUUCCUUGUCAUCCAGCAGUUCAGGAACAUGAAGACAUUAAGAUGCUUAUAAAACGGCUUCGGGAUGAGAAUAUCCUAUUAAAGCAGGAGUUGUUGAUGUACGACACUUUGAAUAAUCGUGAUCGUGCGUCAUAUGGACAGUUAACUGAGAAACAGAAGCAACAAAUUCAUCAGCUGGUGGCCAAAUAUCUUAGCGGGAAACUGAAAGAAUUGCCAAUAACAAGUACCAACCAACUCAAAGAAAUGUUCGAUUCCUUCAGAAAAAUAAACCGAAACCUUCAGGAACAGUUGACAGAACAGUGUCAAGUACAAUUUAAGGACAAUACCGAGCAGGUGGAUAAACCUCAACAGCCAGUGAAAGAAAUUCAACGGAUUGCGCGCAACAGGAAAAAUCGUGUUGCGGAUGCUGUCGCCCCAGUCUUGAUAGAAACACCAAAAUUGGGGGAUGUUGAUCCAACGAGCGGCUUUGGAUAUACAGCGAGAGAUUUGACAAGUUCUGUUCCAAUUUCCAUCACACAGGACAGCGCUUAUCUACAGUCCAGACUCAAAGAACGCGCUCAACCGAAAACCAUGACUGAAGGUUCAUUUGGGUCGUCAACGGAACCCACUCAGGGGCAAAAAUCGAAAGUCGAUGAACCCCCGACUCGAGCCCAGGCAUUUGAAGAAUUCCAAAAGGAAGCUGGUCGAGAGCUGAUCAAUAUCUUCACCAACAACAGAGCGAUUCUAGCUGAACAACUUGAAAAAGGAAAGAUUGUUGGAAGCCGCGUGAAUGAAUACAAGCAUCGACUGGAGCUGCUACAGGCAAAACGACUCCAACUCAAGACUCAACGUGAAGCCCAAGGGCUUGUUUACACAGAUCAGAUGGAACAAAUUAUCACAGAAGAGGAAUUCGAUUUGCUAAAGCAAGUCGGAGAACUGGAGACCGAAUUCCGACAACAGUUUGAGGAGUGGGAGGCUGUGAAGCAAGCGGCAGAUGGUCGAUUUGAGUCGCGCGCGGCUUGUUCACGGUCAGUGAAAAUCACACUUAAUGGCCUUUUCUUACAAGAAUCUUCAACGAAUAAUGUAUCUGUUAUUGAUCGGCCGAAAAAUCCCUGUAUUCAAGCUCUCGCCUCCAAUGCGCAGCUACUCACCCAAAUCAUCGGUAAACAAAACUUUAACAGUUACAACCACUGUACGACAAGUACGCGGUUCUUAGAGCUGAUAGUGAUGAUGAUGCCUCUCAGUAAUGGAGUAACUACGGCCGUUAGUCAGCCUCACUGGUUGAAAGUGCACACAUGCUCUAAUUCGAAAAUUGGUACCGAAUUUGUUUCUUUGACGCCGAACUACCAAAACCGCACACGGAAAUCAAAGAUCAGACACCAAUCGAGGAAACACAUGAUAAAGUUAGCACCACCGGUGAAGCAAUUCAACAUAUUCAGUUGGCAAAAGAAGCCAGUUUUGAAAAUGUCCCACAAUGGGAGAAAUAUGAGCGUGCCAAAGAAGCCGUUAUUCAACGACACAUAUUUUGUGACUUACCCAAAUCCAAAAAUGCCCGUUACGGUGAUGGGCAGAGAACUAGAGUGGAGUUUUCUUUUGUUAGAACCCUUCAACGUUGAUUAUCCUUGGCAGUUAGGGACUGGGAACUCCGGACGUGUGACAUGCGAGACAAGCAUAUUGCCACUAAUCU